AAAUAUGGAGUUAAACGGGACGGACGGUGUCAAUAAUGAUAGCUUAAAAACAUUAGAAAACAAAGAUGCUGAAAAUGAUGAACCAUUUGACCUAGAUGACCUACUUCCGGCAAUCGGCGAGUUCGGCCGUUACCAAAAACUACUGUUGUGGUUCAUUUGUCUUCCAGCGUGUAUACCCUGCGGAUUUUGUGCGUUCAAUCAGUUAUUUAUGUCGGAUGAACCAUACGAUUACUGGUGUAACGUACCGGAGCUACACAAUUUUUCGACGGAAACUAGACGAUUUCUGUCGAUUCCAUCAAAAUCAGAUGGUUCAUACAACCGAUGCAAAAGAUAUGCUGUCGACUGGCAAGAAAUUCUCAGUUAUAAUGAAUCGAUUACAGCUCCGAAUACAUCGUGGCCGGUUGAAGUGUGUAAAGAAGGAUGGGAGUAUAAUACAUCGGAGGUGUUCUCAUCAAUUGUUAAGGAUUUUGAUCUGGUGUGUGAUAGAGAUAUUUAUCCAACGGUUGGAUUAGCUGCAUUAAAUGUUGGCGGUCCGGUCGGCGUUUACUUUUUCGGAAUGUUGAAUGAUCGGGCAGGUCGUAGAACGUCCUACUUCUCCUGUUUAGCUACACUUUUAUUGGGAAGUUUUCUAACAGCGAUGAGCUACAAUUUCUGGAUGUGGAUGGUAAGCCGUAUCAUUGUCGGAAUGACCAUACCUGCUGUAUAUCAAAUACCUUUCAUUAUCGCUCUUGAACUGGUUGGACCGAAUUACAGAUCAUUUGUUACCGUAAUGACGUGCACCUUUUACACAUUCGGAAUUAUGAUGUUGGCUGGUGUAACUUACUUGGUUCGGGAUUGGGUCCGAAUGUGUCUCUACACUUCGGUUCCAUUCCUGCUUUAUUUCUUCUACAUAUUCAUAAUGCCCGAGUCGCCACGAUGGUUGUUAGCUAAGGGACGACUCGAAGAAGCGUUGAAAAUUCUGGAAGUGAUGGCCAGAGUGAAUGAUAGAGAAUUGCCGCAAAGUUUCCGAAACAAAUUGGAGGAACGUGUCCGAUUGAAUAAAUCCAAAGUGAAGAAAAAGGAAAAGUCAAUCGGUGCUUUCGAUUUAUGCAAAACGCCAAAUAUGCGAUUGAAAACAAUGCUUAUAACUCUGAACUGGUUCGCAAAUGAGACUGUGUACCUAGGAUUGAGCUAUUACGGCCCGUCAUUGGGCAACAGUCAGUAUCUAAGUUUCUUUCUAUCAUCACUGGUAGAGAUACCGAGCUAUUUGUGCUGUUGGAUUCUGAUGGACCGAUGGGGACGUCGGUGGCCAUUAUGUUUGCUAAUGAUUCUAAGUGGCAUAACCUGCAUUUGUACAGUAUUAAUUCCCGAAGAGGCAGUCGUUGAAACGUUAGUACUGUUUCUGAUUUCAAAAUCCAUGAUUUCGGCAUCGUUUCUUAUCAUCUAUCCAUUUGCUGGAGAAUUGUAUCCCACACAAGUGCGCGGAGUUGGAAUAGGUACAUCUAGUUAUAUAGGCGGAAUGGGACUGAUUGUCAUACCGUUCAUAACAUAUUUGGGAAAAGAAAAUCUUCGUUUGCCUUUAGUGGUGAUGGGAUUCCUUUCCGUAAUUGGAGGAUUUACCGGUCUACGGCUACCUGAAACACUACAUCAUAGAUUGCCACAAACAUUAGAAGAAGGUGAAGAGUUCGGUAAGAAUUGGAACAUGGAGGAAUGUCUUCGGUGUAUUCCUUUGAGACCGCCUUCGCACAGUGGAUCUUACGAAAAUAUUGACGAUAUUGCAAGAAAUUCUUCGGAUGCCGUAUUGGAACUGUCGGGAGUAAAUUCAAACGACACAGAAAAAACUCCGUUAGAAAUAGCACGGCUAAGGAGACAGUCAAUGAGACGAUUAGUGAGACAGACUAGCACCGUGGAUACGCAAAAGACAAAGGACGGAAACAUACAGCUGACGUAUUGGUUUUAGAAAAAGAAUCAGCCGUGAUAUUUAGCGUGCAGUAGAAAUAGAAUUGUAAAGUGUACAGCCUACAAACACAAUUCUUUAGGGAAGCCAUCCUUAUAGUUAACUAUAGUCAAUCUUUUAGUGAUGUAAAAAGUUUGUUUGUAGAUUAUACACCGCGCACUCAUAUCAUUUAAUUGUUUCGUAUAUUUUGUGUUAGUUAUAGUUAAUGAUGAGUACAAAGUUUCGACAAAGUUAGGCGAUGCGAUGUAAUUUAAUUAUCGAAAUAAAGACAUUUGUUUGGUGUCU